CUUCACUGCCUUGAGAUUGUGACUAGGCCAUGUGGAUGUGUGAUUGCUUGGGCUAAGUUCCCAGUGUCAGAAAGUCCAACCAACAUCAUUCAGAUGAGCACCAAUCUAUUUCCCACUGCUGACUCUCACCCAACUUAUAUUGUUGUUGACAAAGCUUGCAGAAUCCUUGGUACACUGCUGUCAACUGGUGCUGCAGAUACCUGGUUUGCCACUACUCAGUUCCUGGUUGAUGCAUUCCACUUCAAAAACCAUAAAGAAGAGAUCAGAUGUCAAACAUUCUGCAACCCUGCACCAACUGAUGGCAGACAUCCUAACCUCAUCACCCCUAUCAAAGGAAAAGAUGGUAAAGUAGUUCUCCAGUGUGCCUUCAAUACAGAAGCAGCUGAGCAACUCAAUUCCUGGUUCCAACUCUAUAGUUCACAGCUGAGUCACAUGCACCCUAACAAUCAUGAUUUUCUGGUUCAUGUUAUGCUGACAUAUUGGCAUUUCAAUUCCAAUAAUGCAACAUCAUAG